CUAUGGCUUUUCCAACAUCCAUGUGGCUGAACUGCAUGUGGAGAGCGAUGCUAGUCCGCCUGCUGCACAUGGGCUUGGAUGCCACCUUCACGCUUUGCAUACUUGGGUUCUUGCUUCAUGCUGCCUCCGUGUCAUCGCAAAAGUUGGAUGAUACUGACCCGGUGGUGACCACCAACUUUGGAAAAGUCCGAGGGAUGAAGAAGGAAUUGAACAAUGAAAUUUUGGGACCUGUCAUUCAAUUUCUUGGUGUGCCGUAUGCCGCUCCUCCAGUUGGGGAGCGUCGAUUUCAACCUCCCGAACCACCGUCUCCCUGGCCAGAUCUCAAAAAUGCUACACAGUUUGCACCAGUGUGUCCCCAGAACAUUAUAGAGGGCAGGUUACCUGAAGUCAUGCUUCCUGUCUGGUUUACUAAUAACUUGGAUAUAGUUUCUACCUACGUACAAGAUCAGAACGAAGACUGCCUCUAUUUGAAUAUAUAUGUCCCAACUGAAGAUGGUCCCCUAACAAAGAAACAGACAGAUGAUUUAGGUGAUAAUGAAGGUGCAGAGGAUGAAGACAUUCGAGAUAGUGGGGGGCCCAAACCAGUGAUGGUGUAUAUUCAUGGAGGGUCCUACAUGGAAGGCACUGGAAAUUUAUAUGAUGGCAGUGUGCUGGCAAGCUAUGGCAAUGUGAUAGUCAUCACCGUCAACUACCGACUUGGGGUACUUGGUAAGAAAUAA